AUGAAAGUCGUAGCAGUCGCUGGUGGAACCGGAAGUGUUGGUAGCACCAUUGUCGAUGGCCUUGUCGAGUAUGGCAAGCACAAAGUAUAUGCACUUUCUCGAUCGGAACGGCCUCCGUCAGGCGCAGUGAACUAUCUCAAGGUAGACUAUAACGAUGUCGACGCUAUCACCAAAGCUCUCGAGAAAGCAAACGUCAACAUCCUCGUAUGCGCCAUCAGUGUCGUUUCGCCUGAAGCAAACCAGGCUCAGAAGAACUUGAUCCAAGCGGCAGAGCGGUCAACUUCCACGGAGAGAUUCGUGAUCAGUAGCUUCGACGUGCUUCAUGUGAAAGAGGAUAUUGAACUUUCUCCUUUGUCAAGAUACACUUUCGAAGCGAUUGAUAUGCUAGAAAAGACAAGUCUUACGUACACACGCAUCGCCAAUGGCUGGUUUCUCGAUUACUACGGCAUGCCGCAUUGGAAAUCCAAUCUUGAGCCAUGGAUCAACGUUCUCAACAUGAAGUCGAAGUGGGCAGCUAUUCCCGGUGAUGGGAGUGUCCAAGCGAGCUUCAUCACCUCUCAAGACAUGUCCAGAUUCGUAGCUCGGUUGAUGGACAUCGGGGAAUGGCAAAAGAUCAGCGCUAUUCGAGGCAUCACGCUUUCUUUUGAUGAGCUAGUGCAAACAGCUGAGAAAGCCCGGGGAGCCAAAUUUGAGGUUGCUGUUGAUAGUUUGGAAAAGUUAAAGUCUGGCAAGAUCUCAUUCUUUCCGGACUUUCCUCCUAUUGGGCACGGUGAUGGAGAUGAAGCGUUCUUUGCAAUGAUCCAUUACCAAGCUGGUAUUGGUCGCUAUGUGGUACCAAGUGACCUUUCAUUUUUGGAUGACAAGUUUCCUGAUUUGAACAUCACUGAGGUUUCUGAAGUUAUGGGUUCAUGGAAAGGACAGUGA